GGAAGGAGAGCCGCUGCUAGUGUCCAGGCGUAAUACCCAAGGUGAGUGAGCUAAGCUCUCUCAUACCCCCUGAAGUGGACAGAUGACUUAAUUCGGGAUACUACACUUUGGGAGACUGCUUUUACCUUUGAGGUGCGUGGACUGAAUUACUCCCCACAGCAAAGACGCCGAAAUUGGCCGAAACAUGACGAAACGUAGCCUACUCUUGAAAAAAUAUUCGCAAAGGACACGAACAGGACGCAUACAAUUUAGGCAAAUACUUUGCAGUCGUAGAAAUCAGCAGUAAAUCUAUAUUGUCCGACACGAUUUAUUUCCCGUUGUUUGUCUUUUUUUCUAUUUUUUUUUUUACAACGGAGGUAGAUUUUAUUUAUUUACAUGCUUUUUUAUUGAAAAUAUUCAAACGUGACGGACUUAUAUAGCUACAGCAAAACUGUCAACGCAAAGGAGCGUGUACCAUGGCCAGCUGGGGAUACACACCUCUAGUGGCUGUGGCCAGUGGGGACAGCUGAGGCAGCAGGAGAUGGGCUGGCUUGUGGCGGACAGCCCUGGAGCUGCCAAUGUCACAGGCAGCAAGACAGGGUCAGCGAUGGCAGCAGAGAAGGUGGCGGUGGUGGUCUGCUUGGGGACCCUGACCCUCCUCACCACCAUCCUGAACGGCGGCGUCAUAGCUGCUAUCUGCACCACCAAGAAGCUCCACCUGCCCGCCAACUACCUCAUUUGCUCGCUGGCCGUCACCGACUUCCUGGUGGCCAUCUUGGUGAUGCCGCCCAGCAUCCUCUACGUCGCCACGGAGACCUGGCCACUGGGGCCGGCCAUCUGUGAGGCCUGGCUGAGCCUGGACAUGACCUGCUGCACCUGUUCCAUUCUCCACCUGUGCGCCAUCGCGCUGGACCGCUACUGGGCCAUCACCAACGCCGUGGAGUACACCUACAAGCGGACGGCUCGCCGGGCUGCCGUCAUGGUGGCCGCCGUGUGGGCGAUCUCUGCCCUCAUCUCUGUACCGCCCCUCUUCUGGAGGCGUGGCCACGGCAACCCUGGUAACCACACUGACUGCAUGAUCACGCAUGACCACGUGGGCUACACCCUCUACUCCACUGUUGGGGCGUUCUACGGCCCGCUGGUGCUCAUCCUCGUGCUUUACUGCCGGAUCUACGCUGCAGCGAAAGCCCUGUACAAGAAGAGGGGCUCCACCCUGCAGCAGGGUGCGGCCGGGAGGUUGGACAGCCAGAACUCCUUCGGCCACUGCCGAUCGGUGCACGCCUUCUGCGUUCCCGAGCUGUCGACAUCCGACCCGGGCCCAGAAAUGGAGAGGCUGGACGACGUCAUUGUAUCAGGGCCUGCGGAGGGCGGGAUGGGCGGGGCCAGGGAGAGGGCCAGGAUCCGCCUCAGCAGGGAGAGGAAGGCGGCGCGGACCCUGGGGCUCAUCCUGGGGGCGUUCGUGCUCUGCUGGCUACCCUUCUUCAUCAAGGAGCUGCUGGUGGGGCUGAAGCUGCUGCGGGACUCGGAAUCCAUGCUGCUGUCCAACGCCCUCACCUGGCUCGGCUACGUCAAUUCACUUAUCAACCCGCUUAUCUACACCAGCUUCAAUGAGGACUUCAAGCAUGCAUUCAAGAUGCUGCUCAAGUGCAAGGGACACCCAUAGAGUCAACCAUAGAGCUUUAUAUUUCCUUUUGUUUAGUGUUUUUUGUUUGAUUUUUUAAAUCAAAUGUUUGUCGGAUGUACAGGAUAUUACUGGAUAUUAUUAGAGCAUGACAUCAGUGGAGGGUGCGUUUGUAGCUUUGAGCACCUGUCAUGUAUAGUAAGCUCAGGCAAUCACUGACACACACACACACACACACACACACACACAGGAUGACACCAGACGCACAAUGAUACAGACACACGUACACAUGCCCCCCAGAGAAACCAAUUGCUUUUGUCUUUUUGAACAUCAUUUCUAACCAGUGGCUUAUUACCAUUUCAUUGUGCUGCCACAAGAGGGAGGCUUUGAAUUGUUUAAUGCAGAGCUAUGCAUCGAGAGAGCCAUUUUUCUACUCAAAAUCAGUGAAUAUUCAAACUCGGUCCUGGGGACCCUCUGUGUAUGCUGGUUUUCCAACCACAGUUGCAAUCGCUAAAUUUUAACAAGCAGUUAUUUUUUCCUAAUUAGGUGCUUUUCAUAUUUAACCCUCUUUACCCACAUUAUGUCAGAAAUAGUUAAGCAUGCUAUUAACAUAAAAGUCCCAUGUUCAGUGCCAUAUUGCAAAGAACUUCACAAAAAGAGGUAGCAAAAAUUUUAAAUGGAUCAAAUUCAGGACUGAGGGAAACAACAGGCUCCUAAUUAGGUUGUUGAACAUGUGUUUAAGUACUUUUUUCCCCUUCUUCUUCUUAACUUCUUAACACAAUGCUCGUUUAGCUUGUUAUCAUUUGCUGUCUUUGAAUUCUUCAUUAUCUACCACAUGGUUAGUUUUAGUUGCCAGGUGUCCACACUUUCAACCAUUAGGACCCUAUUGAGUGACCUCUUGAUCAGUCAAAUAAUUUUUAUGAAAUUGUUUGCAAUAUAGCACAAUAAGCACAAUGUGAACAUGGGACUCUUAUUCGUCAUGGCAUGCAUAGCUAUUUCUGACAUGAUGUGGCUUAUGAGGGUAAGUAAUCCCUCUAAACAUGAAAAGUACCUAAUUAAGAUUAAUAGCUUGUUAAAAUUCUGGGACUACAAUUUCGGUUGGAACAAAAACCAGCACACUCAGGGGGUCUGACAUGAUGUGGCUUACGAGGGUAAGUAAUCCACCUAAACAUGAAAAGUACCUAAUUAAGAUUAAUAGCUUGUUAAAAUUCUGGGAUUACAAUUUUGGUUGGAACAAAAACCAGCAUACGGUGAUGGUCCCCUGGACUGAGUUUAAAAUCAAAAAACAUAAAUUAAUAAAAUAAACAAAAAUAAAUGAUUAAUUUGGCUAAAAAGCAACAAAUAAUGGUCAUCUUAAUUCUUAUACAUUUUGUUUUCACCAUGUAGAAAUUAGAGCACUUUUUGUACAUAGUCCCCCCAUUUCAGGGCACCAUAACGUUUGAGACAUAUUAAUUUUAUGUAAAUGAAAGUUGUCAUGUUCAGUACUUUGUCACAGAUCUUUUGCAUAUAAUGACUGCUUGGAGUCUGUGACCCAUAGACAUCACCAGAUGCUGACUAUCUUCUCUGAUGAUACUCCAGACCUGUGCUGCAGCCAUCUUCAGCUCAUGCUUGUCUUGGGGGCUAGUUGCCUUAAGUGUACUCUUCAGCAUAAGAUACACAUGUUCAAUUGGAUUCAGUUUGGGUGAAUGACUUGACCCGUCAAGAAUUUUCCUGUUUUUGGCUUUGGAAAACUAAUUUGCUGUUUUCACAGUAUGUUUGGGAUUAUUGUCUAGCUGUAGGAUGAAGCACUGUCCAAUGAGUUUGGAAGCCAUUUGGUGGAACUGAAGAUAAGAUGCUUCUGUACACUAAAGAAUGAAUUCUGUUGACAUCAGUGAAGACAAGUUAGACAGUACCUGUGGCAGACAUACAUCCCCAAUUCAUAACACCCAUACUAUCAUGUUUCACAGAUAAGGUGGGCUGCUUUGGAUCUCGGAAAGUUCCUUUUGGUCUCUACACUUUGCUCUUGUCAUUGUUCUGAUACAAGUGAAUAUUGUUCUCAUCUGUCCACAAGACCUUUUUUUUCAGAACGGCAGUCUCUUUUAGGUACUGCUUGGUGAAUUGUAACCUGGUCAUCCUGUUUUGGAACUAACUAGUGGGUUGAAUCUUGCAGUGUAGCCUCUGUUGUUCUUUUCAUGAAGUCUUUGGCAGACAGUAGUCAAUGAUACAUCCACGCUUACCUCUUAAACAUUAUUGCUGAUCAUGUUGGACAUGUGUUUGAUAGUUUUUCUUCUCUAUGAUGAGAAUUCCUUGGUCAUCAACUGUAGGUCUUCUUUGGCUUACCAGGCCCUUUGAGAUUGCUGAGCUCACAAGUGCUGUCUUCUUAAUGAUGAAGACAGCACAUGUGAUUUUAGUAAGCCGAAGGUCUGACCUGUUUCUCAGUCUCAUAAUAGCUUCCUUGAUGUUCAUUGGCACAACUUUGGUCGUCAUGUUGACAGACAGCAGUAACUGACUGCAAAGGCAAUAAAAAGCCUAGAAUCAAGACUCAAUACUGAAAGCUCUCUAAUACUUGCACCAAGGAAGCAAUUGAACACACCUGACUCCAAACCUGUGAAUGAGUGUCUCAAACAUUAUGGUGCCCUGAAAUGGGGGAGAAGGGGCUAUGUGUAAAAAGUGAUGUAAUUUCUUCAUUACAGUAUUAAAUUAAAAUGUAUAAAAUUACCCUUUAAUAAAACUUGAAAAUAUGCACUUUAACCACAUGUGAAUUGUUUGAUUACAAAUCUAAAGUAGAGUACAGAGGCAAAUCAAAUCAAACAAAAAGUAUGUCUUUGUCCAAAACAUUAUGGAGCUUGCUGUACAUUUAAAAAUUAGAGGAGUUAUGUAACAUUUAAUCUGCUGCUCAGACACAUUCAAAAAGUUAUUAUGUAUGAAAUAAACAUGGUGAAUGUCAUGUGCAGAUCAAAUGAAAAAUUCUCAGAUGUCUUUUCUGUCAUUAAUUGAUAAUUCUUGGUGAAAACACGUCCAGAUGAAGUAACACAUUGGCAAAGUUGGUUCCAACAGACAAGUAUCAUUUUGUCAUUUGAGUAAAAUUAGAAAAUAUUUAUUCAGCUGUAUCCCAUAAUUCAAACAGUGAUAUUGCACGGCAGUUUUCUUGUGCAUAUAGUUUUUAAUUACCCAGCUCAGUUCUACACUUUUUGUUGAAACAGGGGAUUGUCAUUUCUUAAGUCUACACCCUUGCUUGGUAUCAGAAAUCCUAACAACCUUAAGACGCUCAUGUUGGUUGACAGAAGAAAUGUGGUUUGUGUUGGAGUUAAUCACCGUAGUAAUAUGUUUUGGGUUUCUCUGUAGCCUUCAAUGUUUUGAGGCAUUGGUGUUUUGUUAUUUUGUCUGUACUGUGUUGCUAAGCCAGGCCACAAUAUUCAUUUGUAACCGGUUGAAUUUUAUUACAGGUUUUUGGGUUUGUUACAUCAUGACUUUCAAAGCACUGGUUUAUGUCAACCAGACUUGCAAUUUUCAGUGACUAUCAAGAACUGUGGACCCAAACACUUAUCCUUUAACAAUGCCUUGGGAUCUGCCACUCUGCAUGAGAAUACCAGCUGUCGCAUCUGGUUUUACAUGGUUCAGUGGAGUUUUAUUGACAAAGAACCUUGCUCUGUAAUCUUGCUCUUAGUAUGCUCCAUGUAGCACAAUUUCCAGCUUGUGCAAUGUUAAAUAACGUUCUUGACACUGUACAUGAGAUUGUAAACUUUAGGGAAAUGACUUGCCAAAUUCAGCCAUUUUCACAAUGUGGGCAUUGCAAGUUAAAAUGAUUGAUGAAUUUGGCAAUAAGCCUUUUAAAGGAGCAUGGAAGCCUGCUUUUAACAUAUAGCUUGCACUGUUGGACACAAAGGCAGGCACUUUUUUAUCAUGAGAGUUUCUUGUUACAAGCAUGGUAUGGUAAAAAAAAAAGAAAUAAAACGCCUAAGAAAGUGAACAAGAUGGUUGUAAUCAGUAUGGUAAUAAAGA